AUGCCCAGCCGGACGGGCGUCAAGAUGGACGGGAGCGACAGCCUCGUCCUCCUGAAGGCGCACUACAGCGGGGACAUUGUGAUCACAAGCCUGAAUGCAGCCAUCACCUUCGAGAAGCUAUGUGAGGACUUGCGGGAGAUGUGCCGACUGUGUCAAGACCAGCCGCUCACCCUCAAGUGGGUCGACAAUGAAGGAGACCCCUGCACCGUCUCCUCCCAGAUGGAGUUGGAGGAGGCCUUCCGCUUAUGCUGUCAGCACAGGGAUGAAGGACUCAUCAUUCAUGUGUUCCCGAGCAUCCCCGAGAAGCCCGGCAUGCCCUGUCCAGGAGAAGACAAGUCCAUCUACCGCCGUGGAGCCAGAAGAUGGAGGAAGCUCUACCGCGCCAACGGCCAUCUCUUCCAAGCCAAGCGCUUUAACAGGAAAGCGUACUGCGGCCAGUGCAGCGAAAGGAUAUGGGGUCUCGGAAAGCAAGGCUACAAGUGUAUCAACUGCAAACUCCUGGUCCAUAAACGCUGCCACAUCCUCGUCCCGCUGACCUGCGAAAAGCAUAUGGAUUCUGUCAUGCCUUCCCAGGAACCUCCAGUAGACGACAAGAAUGACGAUGUGGACCCAGAGAACACUGAAGAGAUUGCAUAUAUUUCUUCAACCCGGAAACAUGACAACAUUAAAGACGAUUCUGAGGACCUUAAACCAGUUAUUGAUGGGAUGGAUGGAAUCAAAAUAUCUCAGGGGCUUGGGCUGCAGGACUUUGACCUAAUCAGAGUCAUCGGGCGAGGAAGCUACGCCAAAGUCCUCUUGGUGCGGUUGAAAAAGAACGACCAGAUCUACGCCAUGAAGGUGGUGAAGAAGGAGCUGGUCCAUGAUGACGAGGACAUCGACUGGGUACAGACAGAGAAGCACGUGUUUGAGCAGGCAUCCAGCAACCCCUUCUUGGUCGGCUUACACUCCUGUUUCCAAACGGCAAGUCGGUUGUUCCUGGUCAUCGAGUACGUCAAUGGCGGGGACCUCAUGUUCCACAUGCAGAGGCAGCGGAAGCUUCCAGAGGAGCAUGCCAGGUUCUAUGCCGCGGAGAUCUGCAUCGCCCUUAACUUCCUACACGAGAGGGGGAUCAUCUACAGGGACCUGAAGCUGGACAAUGUGCUGCUGGACGCCGAUGGGCACAUCAAGCUGACCGACUACGGCAUGUGCAAGGAAGGCCUGGGCCCCGGCGACACCACAAGCACUUUCUGUGGGACACCGAAUUAUAUUGCCCCCGAAAUCCUUCGGGGAGAGGAAUACGGGUUCAGCGUGGACUGGUGGGCCCUCGGGGUGCUGAUGUUCGAGAUGAUGGCUGGGCGCUCUCCCUUUGACAUCAUCACUGAAAACCCGGACAUGAACACAGAGGACUACCUUUUCCAAGUGAUCUUGGAAAAGCCCAUCCGGAUCCCCCGCUUCCUCUCCGUCAAAGCCUCCCAUGUCCUCAAAGGAUUUUUAAACAAGGACCCCAAAGAGAGGCUCGGCUGUCGGCCACAGACCGGAUUCUCGGACAUCAAGUCUCACGCCUUCUUCCGCAGCAUUGACUGGGACCUGCUGGAGAAGAAGCAGACCGUCCCUCCGUUCCAGCCGCAGAUCACGGAUGACUAUGGUCUGGACAACUUUGACACGCAGUUCACCAGCGAGCCCGUGCAGCUUACUCCAGACGAUGAGGACAUCAUCAAGAGGAUCGACCAGUCCGAGUUUGAAGGCUUUGAGUACAUCAACCCCUUACUGCUGUCCACCGAGGAGUCCGUGUGA